AUGAAAAGGUUACAGCUCCUGAGAUGGAGCGGCUCAGUGCUUUCGCCGCGGAUACGGCCGUCAGGCGGCAGCACAAGCACACGACAGUAUUUUCUGACCGUCAUCCGGCAACAAUCCUCCGCCCCCUCUCCUCUCCUGUCAGAAAUCGAGCAUAUUGAAGAUGACGGUAUUUCCGACACAUACAAUUUCUCGUCUAACUCCUCGACACCCUCUCCUCCGCAAGAAGCGGCAGUCAAAUCUGCAAGACUUGCAGCCCUCCAUUCACGACUCGCUCUCCCUGAGCGACUACCUCUCCAAACCCUUGCUAGAACGCUCGUCGACGCCUCGGCUGACCCAUCUUUACAAUUCAACAACCAUUCCUUUGCCGUACUAGGAAACCAUCUCCUGACAUACUAUACCUCCGAGCACCUAAUCUCCACCUUUCCACGGCUCCCGAUGGGAGUUCUCUGGGCAUCUAUGUGGGCAUACGUAGGACCCAAAGCCCUAGCGGCUAUAAGCAGGGAAUGGGGUGUUGAACAUGUAGCCGCACCGGGCGGUGAGGUCGACCCCGGCCUUCUCCAGUUCAAAAGACUACCCCCAGGCAUAAACCCGUCCGAAUUGGCGCCAAACACCCGUGCAGUUCCUCGCGGAGUGAGCGGAAGAGUCAUAUACGAUAAUGAAUUUGGUGAGGCCCGAACAGCAUCGUCUCAGCCUCCCACCGAAGUUUCAGUAACGCACGCCAAUGCCACUUUUGUUCGAGCUGUCAUGGGCGCCAUCUAUCUACACUGUGGACGUCCUAUCGCGAAGCAGUUUUUUAAAGAGCAUUUCAUGAGCCGACAACUCCCGAUGGCUGACCUUUUCAGCUUCUCUCAACCCACGAGGGAUCUCAGCAAGCUCUGCGCCCGGGAAGGUUUCGAAGCCCCCGUCGCGAAGAUUAUCAGUGAAACCGGUCGUCUCAGUCGGCACCCGGUAUUUGUAGUGGGGAUUUUCUCAGGGAAGGAUCAACUGGGCGAAGGCUCAGGUGCCAGUCUAAGUGAAGCUCGGUUUAGAGCCGCGGACGGCGGCCUUGAAGGGGUGGUAUCUAUAUAG